CAUCAAAACCUUGCUAUGUUGUUUUCCUCGUCAAACUUAGAUCGUGCUAUGUUGUUUUCCCAGAUUUUCUCGCGCUUUAUUGACUUUUUCUCAGCUCAGAAACCCUUCUCCCGUCUGCACCACUGCUGUUUUUCCUCCUCCCAAACCCUCCAAAACCAUCUGUUCUUCUGUUUCCACUGAUCCUUUUCCUUCGCCAAGAUCAAAGCACAAGUAAAUUGCCGCUGGAGAGUCUCGGAAUUGCUUGACUGCGUUUCCGUCACACGGCGUUUCGGGAACUUGAUGAAUGGAUUUUUCCUGUUUUGAGAAUGGAUGAGUGGCUCAACCCUUUGGCCCUUCGCUAGUUUCCGACAUCGUCUUUGCGUGAUAUUUUUUCUCUAAUUUUGAGGACCGAUCAUAUGGCUUCGGAUCCUAGCCGGUCCGGCACUGUAGAAAGGGAUGUCGAGCAGGCAAUCACCGCUCUGAAGAAAGGGGCUUAUCUGCUCAAAUAUGGAAGAAGAGGAAAGCCCAAAUUCUGUCCAUUCCGCCUUUCUAAUGAUGAAUCUGUCUUGAUAUGGAUCUCGGGGAAAGAAGAGAAACAUCUUAAACUGAGCCAUAUUUCUAGAAUCAUAUCAGGACAGCGCACCCCUAUCUUUCAAAGAUAUCCACGACCGGAGAAGGAGUAUCAGUCAUUUUCGCUCAUAUACAAUGACAGAUCACUGGAUUUGAUAUGCAAGGACAAAGAUGAAGCUGAGGUGUGGUUUACUGGUUUGAAAGCCUUGGUUUCAAGUAGUCAUCACAGGAGACGGAGAGCACAAUCCAGAAGUGACGGAGCUGUGUCUGAAGCAAGUAGCCCUAGAACAUACACACGAAGAAGCUCUCCUUUACAUUCUCCAUUUAGUAACAACAGUUCCCAGCAGGAUGGUUCUGAUCACCUAAACUUUCGCAGUCCAUUUGGUAGUCCACCUAAAAAUGGCAUUGACAAGGCAUUUGCGGACAUGAUAUUUUUUGGUGGCGGUCCUAAGGGGUUUCUGCCUCAUGAAUCUGCCGGUGGCUCAGUUUAUUCUUUUUCAUCCAGAGGUUCAGAGAGUAUUCAUGGUCAGAUGAAGGGAAUUUCGGUAGAUACUUUCAGAGUGAGUUUAUCAAGUGUUAUUAGCUCAUCAAGCCAGGGUUCUGGUCAUGAUGAUGGUGAUGCACUUGGAGAUGUGUACAUCUGGGGAGAGGGAGCUGGGGAGGGCAUUUUGGGUGGUGGAACUCAGAGAACAGGAAGCUGUGCUGGCGUCAAAAUGGAUUCAUUGUUGCCAAAAUCUUUGGAAUCGGCUGUUGUACUUGAUGUACAGAACAUAGCUUGUGGAGGGCAGCAUUCUGCACUAGUCACAAAACAUGGAGAGCUUUUCUCGUGGGGUGAGGAAUCUGGAGGCAGGCUUGGGCAUGGUAUAGAUUCUGACAUUCAGCAACCAAAGCUAGUUGAUGCUCUCAUUAACACAAAUAUUGAAUUAGUGGCAUGUGGAGAGUACCAUACUUGUGCAGUUACUCUUUCUGGUGAGCUGUACAGCUGGGGCAAUGGGAAUCUUGGUGUUCUUGGGCAUGGAAACGAAGCUAGUCACUGGAUGCCAAAGAGAGUCAAUGGGCCCUUGGAAGGGAUACAUGUUUCAUAUAUCUCAUGUGGACCCUACCACACAGCUGUUGUCAGUUCAGCUGGGCAGUUAUUUACCUUUGGUGAUGGAACCUUUGGUGUCCUUGGUCAUGGAAACCGAAGAAGCAUUUCGAUACCGAGAGAGGUUGAAUCUCUGAAGGGUCUACGUACUGUCCGAGCAGCAUGUGGUGUUUGGCACACUGCUGCCGUUGUGGAAGUUAUGGUUGGAAAUCCGAGCUCAGGCAACUGCUCUUCGGGGAAGCUCUUUACCUGGGGUGAUGGUGACAAAGGUCGGCUAGGGCACAGAGACAAAGAGCCAAAACUUGUGCCCACUUGUGUUGCUGCCCUUGUGGAACCCAAUUUUUGUCAAGUUGCUUGUGGAUAUAGUUUUACGGUCGCACUUACAACAUCAGGCAAUGUCUAUACCAUAGGUAGCCCUGUUUAUGGCGAUAAAUUAAAUCUAAAAGCAGAUGGGAAGACUCCGAGCCGGGUUGAAGGUAAGCUCUCAAAGAGUUUCGUGGAGGAGAUUUCUUGUGGGGCUUAUCAUGUUGCAGUGCUGACUUCAAGAACCGAAGUGUAUACUUGGGGCAAGGGAGCAAAUGGCAGAUUAGGACACGGGGAUACAAAUGACAGAAAUUCUCCAACGUUAGUGGAAGCUCUGAAGAACAAGCAAGUCAGAAGUAUUGCCUGUGGUACCAGUUUUACCGCAGCAAUCUGUCUCCAUAAAGGGGUCUCUGGGAUUGACCAGUCCAUGUGUUCUGGUUGCCGCCUACCAUUCAAUUUUAAAAGAAAACGUCAUAAUUGCUACAAUUGUGGGCUGGUCUUCUGCCAUUCAUGCAGCAGCAAGAAGAUGCUCAAGGCCUCUAUGGCUCCGAAUCCUAGCAAACCUUAUCGGGUUUGUGACAACUGUUAUAAUAAACUAACAAAAAGGUUUGAAGCUGAUGCUUCGUCACAUUCUUCAAUUAGCAGAAGGGGAGGACUCACACAAGCAACUGCUGAAUUUGUUGACAAGGACGAAAAGUUGGAUUCUAGAUCUUGCGGACAAUUAGCUAUAUUUUCUUCCAUGGAUGCUCCGAGACCACCAGAUACACGGUCUAAGAGAAAUAAAAAGUUAGAAUUUAGUAGUGUUCAUGUUUCACCUGUGCCUAAUAGAGGCCCCCUUUGGGGUGGGUUGAGCAUUACUAGAUCUUUGAAUUCAAAUAUUAUAUCAUCCAAAAAGUUUUUCUCAGCUUCUGUUCCUGGAUCUAGAGCAGUCUCUCGAGCAAGCUCACCUGUAUCUAGACGGCUCAGUCCACCACGUUCAACAACACCCACUCCUACUCUAACAGGAUUGACUUCGCCAAGAUUUGUGGUUGAUGAUGCUAUGACCAAUCAUAGCCUUACCCAAGAAGUUACCAAAUUAAGGACUCAGGUAGAGACUCUUACUCGUAAGUCUCAGCUUCAAGAAGUGGAGCUGCAGAGAGCCACAGUACAGCUGAAGGAGGCAAUAGCUGUUGCUAGUGAAGAGACUGCAAAAUGCAAAGCCGCAAAAGAAGUGAUUAAAUCACUUACUGCACAAUUGAAGGAGAUGGCUGAGAGGUUACCAGCAGGAGCAGGACACAACAUCAGAUCUCCUCCUUCCAUAGCUUCACUUGGAUCUGACAAUGCUUCCAAUGAUGUUUCCACUCCUGUUACUGUCUGGUUGAACGGCCAAACCAACUAUCGAGAACCCGAACCAAACAGGCUAAGCAGGCAGCGGCCUUCCAAUGGAGAUAAAAAAGGAAGCAGAAAGAAGGAAUCUGACGAUAAUGAAUGGGUUGAACAAGAUGAACCUGGUGUUUACAUCACUCUUAGUGCCUUGCCUGGCGGAUUUCGAGAUCUCAAACGGGUUCGGUUUAGCCGGAAGAGGUUCAGCGAGAAGCAAGCGGAGAGAUGGUGGGCAGAGAACAUGGCUCGGAUCUACCAACACUACAAUGUAAGUAAUAAGAUAGACAAAUCUGACCCCUCCCUGUAAGUCCUUUGGAAAUUGGUCGAAUUUUUCGGGAUCAGAUUGUGCCAAAGGAGAUUCUAACACAACAUGAAAAGGCCGUAAUUAUUUUAAGAGAAAUGUUAUCUCACUUAAUUUGUCUUAAAACAUAUAAUAAUUUACAGUAUCAAGAGUAAUUCUUUA